AUGCGUGGAAAACAUCAAAAAGUAAAAAGUUUGUUGGGUGAUGAAGAUAUUUAUCAAAUGAUUACAGAAUAUCUUUGGAUAUGUGCUUGGUUAAAACAUUUUGGAUGGGAAUUUUGUGUUGAAAGAAAAGAUGUUUAUUAUAAUAGUCAUAAAAGACCUGAUGUGAUUGAAUAUAGGCAAGAUUUUUUAAAUGAAAUUUUAGAAUUAGAAAAGUGGAUGCCAAAACCAUUAGAUGAUAUAAUGACUUUAGAAAAACUAGUUUUAGAUGUAAAUGAGAAAUGUUAUAUAUUAAUAACACAUAAUGAAUCCAUUUUUUAUGCUAAUGAUGGAAAAAAAAACUUACUGGAGAUCAGUUGA